UCUGGAGGACCACAGGUUCCCCACCCCACCCGUGGCUGCAAGGCAGGUGUUGCCUUUGGCACACCUGGUGUAGCUGAACUGCUGCUCCUGUCGAACCCAGCUAGUGUGGCCGAGGGUGAGGAGAGUUCAGCAACAUUGGCAGGGCCACAGAUUCCCCACCCUGGUUUUGAAGGGUGGCAGUGAGGAGCAUUAGGACCUCCUGUGCUUACCUGUCCCGUGAAAGAAAGAAAGGGACAUUUCUUGAUUUUGAUACUUUAUAUACCGCUUGACGUCAUCGUUUCGUGUAAAUGUUGCUCAAAUAAUUACAUUUGCACUUGACCUUUCUUCUGUCAUGAAAGGCAGCAUACAUGACGUUUUCUGUUACUGUUCUUAGCACUGACCAGACCCAGAUCUGCAUAGCUUAAGCAAAGUGCUUUCAGUCAUACCCUGGAACUUGGUACUCUAUGGAAUACAAGUCUAUCAACAGCUAUUGAUCAUGAUAGCUAAGUGAAGCGUCCAUAUGCAUAAUGUGUAUAUCUUGAGUAUUAAGAUGCUAGGGGCAAACAACAAGAGAGGAUUGCUGCCUUCAUGUCCUUAUAUCCCAUGCUGUCCCAUCGUGUACAGAGGCUUGGCAGAGAUUGGGUUUGCCAAUGGAAUGUUGCUCAGAGACUUUUCCGGGAUGGUCAAGCUUUCCAGCAUAUGAAGAGAAUCGCAUCCUGUUUUGGGGCUUGUUACUCACCCUUGAACCCUUGGGAUUGCCCAGGGAGCUGUAGGCUUCCUCUGCUCUGGAGCACGCAGCUUCCUAGCCUCGUACAAAACUCUUCCAUCCAUCUCUGUCCUGCUACAAUGAAAGCUGAGGGAGAUGAGCCAUGUGUAAAGCGAAGAAGACAUAGUGGGGAUCAGGACAUUUGUCACAGCCCUAAUGAAAAACUGUGUACCUCACCUUCAGAUGAAACAUCCUGGUCUCCGCCUCAACCUCAGUGUAAAGAAGGAAGCACUCCAAAACCAAGAGCAGGUGUGGUCAAGAGACACUGGGAAUAUUUUUGCCAGCAAAGUAAAAAGAUGAAGGUCCUUGAAGAGGAUAAGCUGAUCAACCAGGAUCGUCAAGACACACUGGAGAAGUUUGAUUUCACCAUAAUGUCAUACAACAUCCUUUCCCAAGACUUGUUAGAAGACAACUCUCACCUGUAUAGGCACUGCCAACGGCAUGUGCUAGCCUGGAACUAUCGUUUUCCCAACAUUCUCGCAGACAUCAAACGGCUGGAUGCAGAUGUACUUUGUUUGCAAGAGGUACAGGAAGACCACUACAGAAUAGAGAUCAAGCCAAGUUUGGAAGCCUUAGGCUAUCAUUGUGAGUACAAGAUGAGGACAGGAAGGAAGCCAGAUGGCUGCACCAUUUGCUUCAAGGCCUCCAAGUUCCAUCUCCUCUCUUCGAAUCCAGUGGAAUUUUUUCGGCGCAACAUCCCCCUCUUGGACAGAGAUAACGUGGGCCUGGUGGUUCUCUUGCAGCCUCUUUUUUCCUGCAAGGCCCCCUCGGCCGCCAUCUGCGUGGCCAACACACACCUGCUGUAUAACCCGAGGCGGGGGGACAUUAAGCUCACCCAGCUUGCCAUGCUGCUGGCGGAAAUUACCAGCGUGGCUAUGCAGGAAGAUGGGCAUUUCUGCCCCCUCAUCAUCUGCGGGGACUUUAAUUCCGUCCCUCACUCUCCCCUGUACAAUUUCUUAAGGGAAGGCAAGCUGAAUUACGAAGGACUGGCGAUAGGGAAAGUGUCUGGCCAGGAACAGUCCCCACGGGGCAAUAGGAUACUCACUAUCCCCAUUUGGCCUCAAAGCCUCGGCAUUUCUCAGGACUGUAUGUAUGAGGAGCAACAGAAGCAGCUAGAAAAAGAGAGAGAGAGAAAAGAGACUAAAGAAGCAAGCUUGGAAAAUCCAGAAGAGGUCAUGACAGUAGCAAAACGGUCUCCCACAUAUUUGCACCACAGUUUUCCCUUGUCUUCGGCCUACACUCAUUAUCUGCCAGGCAGCGGAACCCCAGAAGUCACCACUUGCCACUCCAGGAGUGCAGUCACUGUGGAUUACAUCUUCUAUUCUGCGGCAAAGGAGAACAGAGCUGCAGAACCAGGAGCUGAACAUGCCUUUGACGGACGCCUGAACCUUCUUGGCCGAUUAUCACUGGUGACGGAAAAAGAUCUCUGGGCUGUCAAUGGGCUUCCCAAUGAAACCAUCUCCUCUGACCAUCUCCCUCUCCUAGCCAAGUUCAGGCUGGAAGAGUAACACCAAAAUAAUGAUGACCCACCUGUCUUUUAUCGUUCCACUUUCCUUUUCCUUAAUUCUACAACAUCAAAAGGGACUGGAGAGUGCAUGUCUCCUUGAUGGGUUUUAAAUACAGGUAUAUAUAUAUAUUGUAAAUUAUCACAGCUACUCAGAUAUAAAGAAAAGCAAAUUGGAGUUUUACAUUGGGAUUCCUUUUUUAAUAAUGGAAAGCAUUUGUGCAGUAAUUUUUUUAAAUAUAUAUAUAUUUACUGUUCAUCAAAGAGAUCGUAUAAAGUGCUUUUUAAAACAGAAAUGAUCAGAUUUUUAUUUCUUAAUAUUUUGAUUCUCACCCUUCCUCCCAAAGGAGUCCAGGGCAACAGUCAACAAGGCAGCAAAACAAUAAAACAAGUAAAAACCAUCACACGUCGUUGCAGCUAUAGCCUUCAUGGAGCUCCCUUAAUCCUACAGGCAAGCAUUUCUUCUAGACCAGGCAUCCCCAAACUUCGGCCCUCCAGAUGUUUUGGACUACAAUUCCCAUCAUCCCUGACCACUGGUCCUGUUAGCUAGGGGUCAUGGGAGUUGUAGGCCAAAACAUCUGGAGGUCCACAGUAUGGGGAUGCCUGUUCUAGACAUUGAUUUAAUUGUUUUCUUCCAAGGAGAUGGGCUUCAUUAUAUCUUUAUCUCUUUUCAUCCUCUGAGUAGCCCAGAGAGGUGUGUGUGGUAAUGAAAGAGAACCCCUUUCUACCAUAUGGGCUUUCAGGGCUGUGCCCGGGAUUUGAACUUGAGUUUCUGACAUCCAAGUGCAGCACUUUGUGGUUGCGGCCAUGUUCCUAAAGGGUCUCUACCUGAGUUUGCUCUCGUGAAGUUCCCCAAAGGUCUGACUGCCUCUUCUAACUUUGGCAGUGGGUUGGGUGCCUGUUUCUCGAACCUGUGUCCGUGGAGCUCAUAGUGGCAGGGGUGCAAAAUGUAGUUUUCUAUCAGGUAAACAGCCUGAAACAAAGGGUCAAAUAUAAGGAAAUCCUCCUUCACAAAUCUGUGUAAGAUACAAUUAGGCCUUGAGGGCAGCUGUGUGUGUAAAAAUGGAAAGGGUGUGUCUGUCCCUGGCACAGAGCCACAGCGAUUUGCAAAGCCACACCUAUUUAAUAUUUGCCUUGCAAAUAAAUCUGGGGCAGCCGUAUCACCCAUCAACUUAGAACUUGAUUUCUACUAGAAGCAGGGGGGGUGCUGAUUGGCAGUUCUGCUGUAUUCUCCAAUUAUUUUGGCCCUUGGAAGCCGUUCUUCAGCACAAAUGUUCUACAAUGUCCCUGCAGGUUUUGCUGACUUUCCGUUUCCUUUUUAAAGGGAGGGAGAGAGCUCAGAGUAGCUAAUUAACUGCACAUGAAGCAAUGAGGAAUACACCUGAAAUAACCUUUGCAUUUGGCAGAAAACCAAACACCAAGACUGCAUUUCUCCAUAGGUUUGAAACAAACAGAUGGAAGCACAGUUCAUUAGUUUAAUCAUCAUAGUUCAAUCAUUAGUUUAAAUGUUUGAAAACGAAGGAGUGGCUUCCAAUUGGCUGCAGGAGCUCCUUGCACUCAAAUCGGAAGCCACGCUGGACGUUCGGCUUCCAAAAAAUGUUCGCAAACUGGAACACUUCCGGGUUUGCGGCGUUCAGGAGCCGCAACGGACGAGUACCAAGGCGUUUGAGAACCAAGGUACGACUGUAUAGUUAUAACUCUGUACUCUGCAGUGCAGCUUAAAAAAUAACCCUCAUGCUAAUGGCUUAAUAGAACACACGCAAGACAUAGACAGCAGCCAUAUAUCUAGUCAGACCACCGGCUUGUCUAGCUCAAUAUUGUCUACAUGGCUCUAGCAUGACACGGUGUAAUAUGUCAUGUAGUGGUGUUCAUCUGAGCUUGUUUUUACCUAAUUUUAAGACCUGCUAAGGAACAGGUGAUUGUUAAAACCACAGAAUUCAAAGAGGGUAUACUUUCUUUUCCCUGUGACUGUGUAUCACCAGCUAAACAUCGUGAUAUACCGAUAUACCACAGUGUCUGAAAUAAGGAUGGAGCUAUGUAGAGGCACUGGCUGGCUUCAAGGUUUUUCCUGCAUCGUGAUUUUGGCUGGGGCGCCUACUCUUGUGAUUCACUGCCUCCUACAUGAGGCGGGGGAGAGCUGCAUUCAUUCAUGGUUUUUCCCACAUUGCCAGGUCAAAAAUUAUGAAACCAUUAUCACAAUAUGGGUUUCAUACUAGUUUUGGAUGAUAUAUCAAAUCGAUUGCCCAGCUCUAAUUGCUGGACUACAACUCUCAUAAUCCCUGAUACACCUGGCCUCGCAGACUGAGCCUAAGGGGAGCUAGAGUCCCAGAACAUCUGGAGGGCCAGAGGUUCCUGACAACUUGCAUGCAACAAGAGCUACGCAUAUGUUUUCAAUCCUCCUGCUAGGUCUCUGCAAAGCUUGGAUAGGAAACUGGCCCACUGAUCUUGCUGGACUACAACUCCUAUCAUCCCUGACCAUAGCUGGAUGGGGUUGAUGGAAGUUGUAGUCCAAACCACAGCUAGAGGGCUUCCCCUUUCUUUUACAGAAAGAGCCUUUCUUUAAAAAGCAGUAACCCCACUGAUCACCUGGUUGGAGAGCUGGAUUUAGUUCCUCUUCCUGUUGUAUUGUUUUAAUGUUUUUGUGUUUGCAGCUAUGGGCUCCUUUGGGAGGAAGGGCAGGAUAGAAAUGUAAUAAAUAAAUAAAAUACUUGGCACAGUUACUGCAUUAAAAAAACAAACCACAGCGCACACUCAGCUGCAUCAGGACCAUUUGGUGUCUCCUAGCCAACAUUAAUCAGCAAAUUCUGUCACUGUGGGAUAAGUUGGUUUUCUUUAUUAAAAAAAAUAAUCACAAGAGGCUAU